AUGAUAUAAUUUCCCCCUUCAAUGGUACGGCCCUUCCUCUUUGUUCUCACAAAGCUGUGACCUUUCCAUAAAUACAAUCCAGAUCCUGCCAUUGGGGACAUGGACAUCAUCAAGGGCAGCCACCAGCAUUUUGGGUAAAAACUUUUCUUUAAAUGCAUUCCUGUGAUGUGGCUGUUUUUAACAACAGUUUGUUUGAUUUGUGGAACAUUAAAUGCUGGUGGAUUCUUUAAUUUGGAAAAUGAAGUGAAUCCUGAGGUGUGGAUGAACACUAGUGAAAUCAUCACCUACAAUGGCUACCCCAGCGAAGAGUAUGAAGUCACCACUGCCGAUGGGUACAUACUCAGCAUCAACAGGAUUCCCUGUGGAAGACGGCAUGCUAGGAGCACAGGUCCCCGGCCAGUUGUGUACUUGCAGCAUGCCCUGUUUUCAGACACUGCCUACUGGCUUGAGAAUUAUGCCAAUGGAAGCCUUGGAUUCCUUCUAGCAGAUGCAGGUUACGACGUAUGGAUGGGAAAUAGUCGGGGGAACACUUGGUCAAGAAGACACAAAACACUCUCAGAAAAUGAAGAGAAAUUCUGGGCCUUUAGUUUUGAUGAAAUGGCCAAAUACGACCUCCCAGGAAUAAUAGAUUUCAUUGUGAAUAAAACUGGUCAGGAAAAGUUGUAUUUCAUUGGACAUUCACUCGGCACUACCAUAGGAUUUGUAGCCUUUUCCACCAUGCCUGAACUGGCACAAAGAAUCAAAAUGAAUUUUGCCCUGAGUCCUGUGAUCUCAUUCAGAUAUCCCACAAGCAUUUUUACCAGUUUUUUUCUACUUCCAAAUUCCAUAAUCAAGGCUAUGUUUGGUACUAAAGGUUUCUUUUUAGAAGAUAAGACCAAGAAGACACCUUCUACCAAAAUCUGCAACAAUAAAAUACUCUGGGUGAUAUGUAGUGAAUUUAUGUCCUUAUGGGCUGGAUACAACAAGAAAAAUAUGAAUGUGAGUCGAAUGGAUGUGUAUCUAUCCCAUGCUCCCACUGGAUCAUCAAUACAGAACAUACUGCAUUUAAAACAGCUUUACCGAUCUGAAGAAUUCAGAGCUUAUGACUGGGGAAGUGAAGCUGAAAAUAUGCUUCAUUAUAAUCAGAGUCGUCCUCCACUGUAUGACUUGACUGCCAUGAAAGUGCCCACUGCUAUUUGGGCUGGUGGACACGACAUGCUUAUAACGCCAAAGGACAUUGACAGGAUACUCCCCCAAAUUAGGAAUCUUCGUUACUUCAAACUAUUGCCAGAGUGGAACCACUUUGAUUUCGUCUGGGGCCUCGAUGCCCCGCAACGGGUAUACAAAAAGAUCCCUAGAAACUCUGCUAAACCUAAUGAACACCUGGUCCUGGACUCUGGAGAGCAAGAGAUCAACAGAGUGGGUUGCAGAAGCUCUGAAUUCCAAAGCCAGAUGCCAAUAAAUCAGUAAUGGGAUG